CCCCCCUUUAGAGAGCCCACAUGGCAAUGGCUCUUUCUGACAGUGUUUGAAUCACGCUUAGACACUGCUUACUGGCUCAGAAUGGACCCAGAACUCGUGUCCACCCUCUCCAGCUGCAACCCCGGAGGUCCUCUAGCUCUGGGCCUGUGCAGGAGGGAGCUGGUGGUGGCUACAGCUACCAACAGUGACAUCCACCUCCAUUGCGUGUUAGAACCUAACAAGCAGAACACUGGAGAGUUGCAGAGUGUUGUGCUGAGAGGUCAUUACGAGGCAGUCACCCUGUUGUCAUUCUCCGAGUCACCAAUAGCAACAAGCUCUGCCCUCCUCUGCUCCGUAUCUACAGACGCUGUACUGCUGUGGAAUAUUGAAGAGUGCCUCAGUGAACACAGAGGGGUCAGCUCCUCUCAUCAGUUGUCGUGUGCGCCGUUACAAGGAGGUUUAGUGCAUCAUGUGACAUUCAGUGAAGACCUACAAUACCUGGCCGUCUGCAAGGGACAAGAGGUCAUCAUCUGUAACAUCCAGAUAUUUGAGUUGGACACGACUUUGGUGGGUCACAGUGCAGCUGUCACUUGUGCCAGUUUCUCCCCCCAUCAUCGACACAGGAGCAUUGUCUCAGUCUCUGAAGACAGAACCUUUAAGGUAUGGGACCUUCAGAGCUCUUGUCUGCUCUAUCAGUCGGCAGUGGUAUCAGCCUCACCAUUCCUCUGUCUGACCAUCAGUAGCGAGCGUCCUGUGAUGGCCACCGGCUCUGCAGAUGGUGUGAUGAGAGUGUUUGACUUGUCAGAGGAUGGUGGUUAUCGCUGCUUACUCAAGUGCAAUGUCUCCAAGGAAACAGAGAGAAUGAAGUCAAAGAAAACAGUGUCAGAAAUUGAUGCUGUAGUGAGUACCACUGUCAGUAGUGUGGCAUCAUGGCAGCAGCCUCAAGAUCAUGUGACUGAAGGCAUACCCACUGUCGACGCUGGGCCGGUUAUAUUAACUCUUCAGUACUGUACCCCUCCACCCUCUGAACAUUUUAACUAUGAACCCUCCCUACAUACAGCUAGCUCUGUGGAUCACAUGAGGGAGGUGCUUCAGGCUCCACCCGCUAUGCUAGCGGUAACGCACACACACCUCCUUUUGUUUGCUGCCACUACACUGGAACUAGUCGACAGUAUUGACCUCAGAGACCCAUUGCCCUCGAGUGAUGUGGUUCCGUCAGUGACAGCUGUUGCUAGUUUGACCUUCGACCCUCUUAGUGACAACAGAUGCUAUUGUGGUCUGGUUGGACUGUUCUCACCCUCUGGCACUGUACUCUCCCUGAGCUGCUCAGCCGUGAGAGGGGACCACUCCAGUGACCUUGGAGCUGAUGUCACAGACACUCAAGUUAUCUCAGUGCUGUCAAGUGUCCCACUCGCUCCAAGCUCUGCUUUGAGAGCUGAAUAUUCAGUGAAAGAGCCUCAGAAGAAGAGAACAAAUCCAUCGAGUUAUGGAGCCGGAACAAAAAAAACAGGUAAACCAGUUGUGGACAAGCCAUUAACUUUCAAGAGCAAGGUCAAGUCCUCCGGCUACACUGACGCACCAAGGAUGAAGGCUUUUACUCCUAAAGUGAGCACCACCAAAACCACUAACAAGAAGCAACCAACAAAGGCACCAAUGAGCCAGAGGGAGUACCCAGUGGAUAGAGACCACCCGACCCACCUCACCUCCACACUGCAGUGUACCGAUCGUCCCUCCGCCAUUAAUAGCUGCUGCUUCAGUGGGUGUGGUCAGCACCUGACCUGUGCCUGCUCAGACAACACUGUGUACUCUAUGAGGAUGCCCCUCUCGUUAAAGAAAACUCAUGCAUUUGUAGGUCAUGACAACAGUGUAGUGUCAGUGGGCUGGAGUGCCAGUGGAGAAUGGAUGAUCUCAUCCUCCAAGGACAGGACAGCUCGAGUGUGGAGCCUCUCUCAGAAGGAUCCUCUUCUCUGUCUGGAUAGGACCACACACAACAAUAGGGACACCUCUGCCUCUAAGAGCAACCCACCGUUCAGUGGUGACAUCAGCUGGGCCCAGUUCUACUACCUGGAUCGGUUCCUUCUCCUGGCCACCUCCAACACUCUCCUCCUCUACAAGUACCAUCUCGACACCAGCAGAUCAGAUGACAUUAAGAGAUACCAGUCCGGGACUCGAUAUAGACAAGUGUCGUCACUGAGUUUGGAGAGUGCUCAAAGUAUUACAGCAAUGUCAGCCAUUAACGACUUCCACUCCUAUAUUGUUCUGGUCGCUGGCUCUAACCGAGCAGUGGAGGUGUUUGAUAUGAAUGUGGGGCGGAGCAUUCGCACCCACACUGACGCCCACACACGCCCACCACACUGUCUGCAACAGAACAAAGGCUCAAGAUUCGUGAGUCAUCCUCCGAAUGCGUACGACCUGUAUCUCACGGCAGCUGUCACUGACGGUAUUAAACUAUGGGAUAUGAGAGCUAACAGGUGUGUGUCCCGGUUCGCUAGUCACAGAAACCACGCCCUCCCUGUGGCUGCCACCUUCAGUCCUUGUGGACGCUUCAUCGCCACGGGGUCAGAGGACAAGUGUGCAUAUGUUUACGACCUCCGAUCAUCGUCUCCUCUACACAAGUUCAAAGGUCACUCGGACACAGUCAGCACAGUGGCCUAUCAUCCCUUGACCCCUCUACUUGUCACUGGUACUAUAAAUGGAAUAUUGAAUAUUUUUAAUUCCGUAUAAUAAUUUGUCAACAUUAUGUAUUAAUACUUUACAAUCAUACUAUUAUAUAUAAG